CACCGACGCAUUUGACGAGGCACCGGGUGAUGCUCUCAUCUACCGCCGCCGCCAUCGCGCGCCGGUCCUCUGCGCCGUCCGCGCUCUCGGGUCGCGCAGCCAAAUCGGAGGAAGUCCGCAACGCCAUCGACGCGACUUCCGACGCAUACGACCCCCAGCCACACGACGACAGUAUCGAUGUGUUGGAGAAAAAUCAAGAGGACGCGGACAACGUGACCAAGCAAGUGGACGCUACCGAAGCCGACAACAACCAGGAAGACAACGAAGUCCAACCAGUGCAAUCUUUACCCCCGUUGCAGCAAGAAUGCAAGCAAGACAGCAACGGGCUGGCCGACUUGGACGACAUUCAAGUGGCGCUGGAUGACGAGCAUGUAACACCAGAGGAUGUUCAAGUGACGUUGGAUGCUGAAGUAUCUUUUGACGCCGCCCAAUUUCUUGCCGACCAUCCCCUUCCUCCCAACACGACCCCCCUCUUGGCCACGGCUUGGAUCAUUCCAUGGGGGGCCGUGAAGCGCUCACACAACCAGCAGCAGCACGCCAUCGCGUGGCCUCAAGCGCUGUCCGACAUCGCACCGCCCCAUUUCCAAGCGGCAUUCCGACGCUACGACGGUUCGGACAAGGUGACGCUGGCCGUGCGCGCGGCGGCGACUUUCCUUACAGCUCGACAGAAUAAAGCGAAGGACCACAAUCAGCUCGUGUGGCUGGUGGGUCUUCGUCGCAUCGAUGCCGAAACUGCCCGGAUCAAGUCUGAACGGGAGUCGUGGGAUGCCAAGCAAGCCGCAGCGACCGCUCGCCGAGACUCGUACGUGGGAUCCCGCCGACUUCCGACGCGCAAGCCGACGUUCGUCGUUGGCUCGACUACCAAUAGUCUCGGUGAAGUCUCUCGUUACCGGGUGGCUGCGGCGGAGGCCGCUCGCGGCGAGUUUCUGGCCACGCGUCAGGCUCGCGCUGGGGCGGUUGUUGAGCGCGCCAAGGCGGUGAGCGCCGACGCCGCCGUGUUGCUGGGGCACUACAAGGUGGUCGCGGCCCAAGACUUGGAGGCGCGGCUCGCGCGCGCCGAAGUGCGCCGGACGAUCCACUUGGACAAGCGUCGACUGAUUGCGGGGCGCCACGGCAACUACGUCAAGUCGGUCUAUCUGACCAACAGGUACAUGGAGCGGCGCGAGGCGGAGCGGCUGGAUUUGGCCAUGGAAACGGCCAUCGCUAGACGAGACGCGCACGUGGAGUCAAUUCAAAGCCGCGCGAGGCGCCACAACGUGAGCGUGCAUUUCCGCGCCGGAUGUGCAUUUCGACUGUUUGACGCUCAGUGGCUCAACCAGGCCCUCCGAAGCGCGGCCGCCAUGCAAGCCGCAACCCUUCGACGUGAUGCCAUCCUCCAGGACCGGGUGGCGAGGCUGCAAGACGCUGCUGUUCGCCGCCAACAAGUCGCGCGGACACGUCUCCGUGUUGGCGUUGAAACGGCUUCGGCGAUCGCCCAGAACCUUGCCUCUCGAUUGCACGGAGCGUCCCGCCGUCGAAGUGCCCAGUUCGCAUGGGUGCGCCAUUGCAUCUCUGGACGCCGUGACCACUUACGCGCUCGAAAGAUCCAAGCCGCGCAUGUGGCCAAGCGAAUCGCCAAGGCGGCGGUACUGGACAAGGUGAACCAAGCCACCAAGCGCCGCGAAGGUUGGCUGGAGCGACGACGUGCGGCUACCGCGGCGCGGAAUUGGUACGCAAAGGUUCUGGCCCACCGCCAGCAGGAAGCCCGUGAAGAAGACGCGGCGGCCUUGGCGGCCCGCAUCAGCGACGAGCAAGAGGCGGCCGCGCAGAGGCGCGAGGAGUUUACACGCCCCUUGUUUUCGGAACUCGUGGCCCUGCGCAGUCAGCGCGUGCAGCAUGUGUUGCACUCGCAUCACCAACUCUUGGUGCGCUUGAGUGCGAGGAAAGAGGCGUUGGCGGCGGUGCGGCUAGCCGAGUUCGCGCACUUGCGCGCACGAGCAACACAUGCCGUGUGGCUGCAUACGCAACAGGUCACGGAGCGCCGCGAGCACGACCAUGUGUUCCGACAACAAUGCGUGGCGUCCCACGCGUUUGCGCGCCUCCGGUCGGCCGAGAUUCGACGAGCGUUGGCGCAAGACGCGAUCCGGGUCGCGGCGGAGGAGGACCGCACCCGCGGGGACGCCGCGCGCCUCCGCGUGCACAUCCACACGGAGGAACUGCGUGCAUUUUCGACCUUCCGACUGAUCCGGGCGGACGAAAAGCGAGCGCUGCGGCAGGCCGACAAGGUGUCGGCGGCGAUCUGGUUUCGCACCCAAGGGCAAUUGGCACGCACUCGAAACUUACUGCGCGAAGAGACGCUGCGCACUUCAAGUGCGCAAGCGAUGCAGGAAGCGGCGUUGCGCAAGUCCAUCGGGCUCACGCUCCGUGCGCGCAAGGGCUUUGUGGAGCGCGCCGUCGUCGCGACUCGUCAAAACUGCAUGCGACUCGUGUUGGCGGAAAAAGAGGCGGCGACCGCGACGAAACUGGAGCGAGCGGCGGCGCGGCGCCAAAACGAGCUGGUCGCCAAGCAGACGUCGGCGCGUCGGACGUUGGAUCGUGUGGUCCUCUCGCGCCUGGAGCGCCAGUCCACGGAGGUAGUGGACAACGCCAUCAAGACGGCAAUGCAAGCCACCAUCAACUUGCAAGCCGAGAGCCGUCGGUUCCAGGUGCUGCAGGCGCGGCAGCGACGGGCGCGCACGCAGACCCAACAUGCAACGACGAUCGCGCGGACCCUCAAGUCGACGCGGCGGCUGGCGGCGCAGUCCAAGAGGGAGGCCGCGGAAGGACGGGUGGAAGAGACGACGAAGCGACGAAAUGCGCUCAUGGCGGCGAGGAAACGAGGCCAGAGCACGGUGAGCCAGCUGCAGCCGUAUGCAGGGCUGCAAGUCGUGGGCACCGCCAUUACGUUGUGGCCACAGGCCGCCGCAUGAUGCGACGUUGCAUGAAGGAAGGCGAUGGAGAAGGGCGAAGAGAGGAAGACUGCGUGUAUAGAUAUAGCAACGAGUGCACAUAACAUUUGAAUUAACAAGGACACCUUUGCAUGUUGA